AUGACCUCUGAGUCUGAGAGCCAGAUUCGAUUCCCAACAGAAGAGUUUCGCGAAAAAGCUACCAUCCGGCGCCUGUUACCGAAAUCUUACGCAUGUCCCUCGUUACAAAGUCUGAGACUCCCGUCUCGCGCCGGGGACUCCCGGGUUCGUACGGCCCCGGUCUCGGUCUCCGUCCCUCACAACCGGACCGCAAAGUUUUCAGUCAGCCCACAGCACCCGUUCCAGGUCAUCGAGGGGAUGACUCCGCAAGACGAAACGAGGAAGCCGAAGCUGGCCAUGGUCAGCAUGCCGCCGGAAGUACACCACAUGAUCAUAGACUUCCUCAACGUCAUCGACAGCACAUGUCUCGGUCUGGCAAGCCGUUACUUUUAUCGGCUCCACCAACGUCGCCACGGUUUCUUGCCGCUGUCUACGACGUGUCGGCCCCCAGGAGGCCAGGAACUGACUCGGCAUCUGACCGGACAAGCCUUCCCUCCUCGCCCGAGUCCAGACAGCCCAAACACAGAGGCCGUCGCCAGAGUUCAAGCAUCAUCAUAUACCCUCGUCCCUUUUCGUGCAUUCUGGUGUCAGAUUUGCGGGUUCGCGCUAUGCGAGCUGUGGAAACACCUCAGAGAUUGGAUGCCCCCGGGUCUCGAGUACUGCCCCGUGUUGGGAAAAUACGCGCCUGUGCAAGUUGGCAACGCCGACGCCUACUGCUACAGGCGCAAUCCCAGGAAUGGUCGUGUCUGUGGAAAGCACCACUGGAAGGAGUGGGAAAACGGGCGCGGGGCGAUGGUAGGUUGA